AUUUAUGAAAUGUGCUCUGCAGAGCAGUUUGUCCGUUUAGGGCUACUAUAGAAACAACAUGGCGAAUUCCGUGCAAGGGGAAAUUCCGUGCAAGUGUAUGUCGAUAGAAAUAGCUCAUUCUAAGGUGUCCUAUGGUGUGAAGUGGGGUAGGUGAUGCUCAUUAUUUCUAAUUGGCCCAGAGGUCAUGGUGACACGGUGUGAAGAGGAGCAACUGAUUUGCCCUCCGAGUGAGAUUUCCUACAUUGCCGAAUGAAGACAAAUUAAUGCCCACUUAAUGGUAAAGUAUUACAAAAUAAAGCACACCAAACUACAAAUCCCAGUGUCCUUUGUGUUGGCGUCAUCCACACGCGCCGAGGCGUCUGGUCAAGUGCAAAGUUUAAAAGACCCCAUCAUGGCUCUGGCAGGGUUGCGAGUGAUCGAGCUGGCGGGUCUGGCCCCAGCGCCAUUCUGCGGGAUGAUACUGGCAGACUUUGGUGCAAGAGUGAUCCGGGUAGAUCGGACAAAAAUGGCAAUGACUGUAGACACACAAGCCCGAGGAAAACAAUCCGUGGCAUUGAACCUGAAAAGUCCUAAAGGUGUCGCUGUUUUGAAAAAACUGUGUGUCCAAUCAGAUGUGGUACUGGAGCCCUAUCGCAAAGGUGUUAUGGAGAAAAUGGGAUUAGGUCCCGACGACUUGCUAAAAGAAAAUCCACGCCUGAUCUAUGCUCGACUCACCGGCUAUGGUCAGAGCGGAUCUUAUUCCAAGGCUGCCGGGCAUGACAUCAACUAUUUGGCCAUGUCAGGGCUUCUAUCUAUGCUGGGUCGUAGCUCGGAGAAACCUCAUGCUCCAAUGAAUUUGAUGGCGGACUUUGCAGGAGGUGGUCUCAUGUGUGCGUUUGGGAUUGUGCUGGCUCUCUUAGAGAGGAGCAGGUCUGGACAGGGCCAGAUCAUUGACGUCAGCAUGGUGGAAGGUGCAGCAUAUGUGGGCUCCUUCAUGUGGAAGUCCCGCAGCAUUGGCCUGUGGAAUCAUCCACGCGGGGAGAACCUGCUGGAUGGUGGAGCGCCGUUUUACGAUACAUACCGUACUUCUGAUGGAAAGUACGUGGCGGUGGGUGCAAUAGAGCCCCAGUUCUACCAACAGCUUCUUCAGGGUCUGGAUUUGGAUCCUGCCGACUUGCCGGCGCAAAUGAACGUAUCCGAUUGGCCGAAACUCAGACAGACGUUCACCCACGUGUUUGCCACCAAGACACGAGCAGAGUGGGGUCAGAUCUUUGACGGGACGGAUGCCUGCGUCACCCCAGUGCUUUCACCGGAUGAGGUGGUCUCGCACCCCCACAACCGAGCGAGGGGGUCGUUCUUAAAGGACGCUCACGGGGAGAUUAGUCCCCGACCCGCACCCGUUCUGUCCCGCUCGCCUGCAGAACCCUCUCUCUCUCGCGAUCCCUUUAUUGGGGAACACACUCGCUCUGUGCUGCAGGAGUAUGGGUUUGAGAAAGAUCAGAUAGAAGAGUUUCUGUCUGCUGGUAUUAUAGAGUGCAAAGAAGCUAAAGCACGCUUGUAAAUUGAGUCUGGCAGGAGAUUCAUUAAGAUAAGCAACCAGUGAUUCAGUGCUGAAUGUCAGCAUGGAAUCUUAGCGACUGUGAGAAGGGCAUUUCGAAACAAAAAAUGGCUUCUUCUGAGCCAUUGGUGCCUAAUUUGAGAAUAACUGAUUUUAGGCUGUGAUGUUGGGUAAAACGCAGUAAAUAGUUAAAAGUCCAGUAAUUGCAGAGCUUUUGUGUAAUUGCUUAUGGGAAAGUCAAGUGGAAUUUAAUGAAAGCCAAUUAAAAAUAUUCUGUAACAGUUUAAACAUAGUUUUGUGGGGAAAAGCUCUUGUCAAGGAAAUUCAGUUCUGUUUCAAUUUAUAAAGACUAUUUUGAAUUAUUCACAAAAUGUGAGUGCAUUUUAUUUGAUUUGAUCAAAGAGUUUUGAAUUAAAAAUCCUGUAUUAAUAAGUGCUGGUAUGAAAUGCCCAGUGUGAGUCAGAGACUGUUUAAAUACGUGAGUUAUUUGCCUUUAAAUCAUCCUUUACAAAAUGUUGGCAAGCACUGGUGAACUAAAAUAUUGGUGUGAGAAUGCAACCAGUUUAUGUUUAAAAGUAAGAUGAUUUUUAUUCUUACCGAUCAUACCACCUGUUUAAAUGACAGAAAUUUGUAAUGAUACAGAUGCUCAUAUUUGCUUUUGAUGUUUUUUUGCAUGUGCAGCCUUUAUUUUGCACAAUAAUCUAUUAAAGGAGUAGUUCACCUUCAAAAUGAAAAUUCUGUCAUCAUUUACUCACUCUUGUCAUUUCAAACCUUUAUGACUUUCUUUCUUCUGCAGAACACAAAAGAAGAUAUUUUGAAAAAUGUUGGUAACAGAACAGCACGGCCCCCUAUUCACUUCUAUUGUAACUGAUGCAAGUGAAUGCAAGUUUUCUGUUCUGCGGAAGAAAGAAAGUCAUUGAAAUGACAAGAAGUUGAGUGAAUGAUGACAGAAUUUUCAUUUUGAAGAUGAACUGCUCCUUUAAGGGAUAGUUCAACCUAUUUUCUCACCCGCUUGUCGUUUCAAACCUGUAUGACUUUCUUUCUUCUGCAGAAGACAAUAAGAUAAUUUGAGGAAUGUUGGUAACCGAACAGUGGCAGUACCCAUUUACUUCUGUUGUAUGAACACAAAGCCAAUGCAAGUCAAUGGGUACCGCCUUUCUUCAGUUACCAACAUUCUUCAUUCAAAAUAUCUUCAUUUGUGUUCUGCCAAAGAAAGAUAGUCAUACAGGUAAGAAACAAGAAGGUGACUAAAACAUAACAACAUUUUCAUUUUUGGUUGAACUCUCUAAAUUCAGAGCUGAUAUUUUAAAGAUCAAUGUUUGUAUAUUUUCUUAUACUUGAAUGUAUUAAAUCCAGUGGAUUUGCACUGGGUAUAUUAA